AUGAACUCAACGUUCAACGACCACCACCAUCUGAAAAGAGAGCCUAAUGACAACUCCGGCGUCGGAAUCAUAUAUCCUCCGUCACCUUUGCUAAAACUAAACAAAGAAUCCCACGUCAUCAAAAAGCCUCCUUCACCGUCCUCCUCCUCCUCCACCGCCGCCAAGCCUCGCCAGCCCGUGAUCAUCUACACAAACACUCCUAAAGUCAUACACACUAAUCCUAAAGACUUCAUGUCUCUCGUCCAGAAACUCACCGGAAUGUCUCACUCCGAGGAAGAUUCCGGCGGAAAAUCAAUCAACAACAACCAGACCGUCUCUGAUCUCACCGUCGACAGAAAAAUUAACCGGCAUCGCUCCGUCGCCGCCGUCGGCGGCGGCGGCGGCGGUGGUGGUGGUGGUGGUGGACAUAACAGCUACAACAGAAGCUACUCCGGUAACAACGGGAAAGCAAUUUUCUUCAACAACACAACCAUCUGCGAAGACAGUGAGUCAUCGUCUGUGAUCACAACAGAUGAGAACAUGGGAGAACAACAACAUGGACAUGUUUCACCUUUUCCUCAUCCUCCACCACCGCCUCCACCUCCUCCACCGUCUAUGUACGAUGCUGCGGCGGCGACGGGAGGGAUUAACUACAGCUCUUACUUCUCGACGCUUUUGCCGGUGAAUAAUCCAGCGGAUAGUUUUCUCUGUGGGAAUCAAAACUUUGCUAAUUUUGAUGAUCCGCUUUACUUCAUGCCUAAUAUGAGAAGCUCUUUCUCUUCUUCUUCCUCUUCUGGGUUUGAUGGGUUAACUGAAUUCAGAGAUUUUUGA